GCCGCAGAGGAAGUGCUGCCCUCAGUCUCCCCCCCCGGGUGUUUCCGCUGCUCUGAAGUUGUGGUACUUUUCUCUCAGGUCUGUCCGAUGAGUUCACUUGAUCUAGAAAGUUUGCGAGUGCGAUGAGCGGACAGACGGUCCCCGCGGACUUCUCCGGACACAUGUUGGACCUGGACGAGGACGAAGACCUGGAGGUUUUCAGCAAGAACACAUCCCUGGCAGAUGGAAGCUCCAUGCCCAACUCUCCCAGCUCCAUGGUCAACCAGUACAGGCUGGAGGAGGAUGAAGAAGAGCAGCAGGACAUCAACACCAAAGACAUCUUCAUCACUGUCGACAACCCAGAGAGCCAUGUCACUGCCAUCGAGACCUUCAUCAUGUACAGGGUCCUGACCAAGACUACGCGGAGUGAGUUUGACUCCAGUGAGUAUGAGGUACGCCGACGCUACCAGGACUUCUUGUGGCUCAGAAGCAGACUGGAGGAAAACCACCCGACACUCAUUGUCCACCCGCUGCCGGAGAAGUUUGUGAUGAAAGGCAUGGUGGAACGCUUCAACGACGACUUCAUCGAGACCAGGAGGAAAGCUCUGCACCGUUUCCUCAACAAGAUCUCUGAGCAUCCCGUCCUGUCCUUCAGCCAGCACCUCAAUGUCUUCCUCACCGCACAGGAGCUGACGUCUCACAGAAAACAGGGUCCAGGUUUCUUGAGCAGGAUGGGAGAAACAGUGAGGUCAGUGGCCAACUCAGUACGAGGCCUGAAGAGCCGCCCGGAGGAGUUCACUGUGAUGCAGGAGUACGUGGAGGACUUCAGCAACAAGAUCUGCUCUGUGGACAAAGUCACCCAGAGGAUUAUCAAAGAACAGAGAGAGUAUGUGGAUGAGCUGAAGCAGUAUGGCCCUGUGUAUGUCCAGUGGGCAGGGUUAGAGGGGGACUUGGGGGAACCCUUGAAGGCCGUGGCCAGCUGUGUGGAACACUGCAGCAAGGAAACAGAAGAGCACACCCACCAUCUGUCUGAGGUCCUGGCCCCUGCCCUGCACGAGUACAUGCUGUGUGCUGAGACACUGAAGACUGUGAUGAGACGCAGAGACAACAUCCAGGCUGAGUUUGAAGCCAAGAAUGAGGCUCUGGCUUCCAGAAAAGGUGAACAAGAAGAACUGCAGGAGGAGGUCGAUGGUCUGUCAGAUCGGAUGGAGAUGGCUAAUGAUGCCUUGAAGGGAGACUGGUCCCGCUGGAAGAACAGCAUGAGAACUGACCUCAGAUCAGCCUUUAUUUCCACUGCAGAGAAGAACGUGGACUACUACGAGAAGUGCCUGGCUGUGUGGGAGUCAUUCCUCCUGUCUCAGAAAGUGGAACCUAGUGAGCAGCUCGAUGGGGAAGAUAUUUCCUGAAGUGUGGAAGAAAAAUCUCAUUCCUGUCCAGUUUAUCCACCAGAACUUCCAAAGUACAGACUUUGAACCAAUGUCCACUUUGCAAACAUGCAUUAUGUACGAAACAAGCACUCUCUCUCUUUCUCUCUCUUUUUCUCUUUCUCUCUGGCCAAAGAGUUUAAUCCUAGUUAAACCAUUCCAGUGAUAAUUGGGCAUCGACAAAAAAAUAACACACGCUGUGAUCUAAAGUACCAAACAUAUUGAUGUUUACAAACCUCUGUGUGCAUGGCCAAACAUUAAUGGAAGAAUCUUGGCUCUUUGCUCACUGUGGUGAUGCAUCUUCAAACUACAAACAACAUGGUGCCACUUUGAAACACUUCCCUCCAAUGUGGAUGGUGGAGAACUGUGAUGUGUCAUUGACAGAACGUUAACAUACGGUGACACUGUUGUUAAUGGGUAUUUUUAUUCGGUAGCGUGGUCUUUUAGUUUGAGAGCAGGGCUCAUUAAUUUCACGUUUCGAUUGUUGUAAUGCUUUCACUCAAAUACCCCCUCCUUGUGCGUAGAUUUGCUCCGAUUGUGCUCAAAUUGCGCACUUGCCCCCAGAUAUUUUGUUACUCGGACAGAUUUUGCCAAUGUUUCUUCUUGGGCACAAGCCAAAAUAUCUGAACACGAAAUGAAGGCGUCCUGCUCGCAACCUAAAAGACCAUGCUUAAGGUAAACUACAGUGCAAGUUCCAUCACAGAAGAGUCUAAAAGUUCCAAAGUAAUGUGAAAUGUAUGGGUUUGAAAACCAUAGCUAGAAGCGAGGCUGUUUGAAGCAUGAAUAAACAAAAUGAAAGAUCAACAAUAUCAUUUUUGAUUAGGUCAUGUUAGGUGGGUUUAGAUUUCAAGUUUGUGCUCAUUUGUUCAAACUUGGUUUUAAUGAAAAAUUGACAGAACUAAUGUUCUCAUUGUAAAAUCCAGGCUUCAAAAGAAACCCCCACUAAUUGUGACACAGCUUACCAAUGUACUGCAUCAAUAACACCAAUGAACUCGAACCAUGUGACUGAUCAUGAUCUUUUCUAACAAUAUUAUAGCAUUUUGAACACAACCACUGUUUUUUCUUAAAGUCUUACACAGAUUACUCUCAUGGAGUUGGGGACAGUUCCAGGGGACUUGUUUGCGUUCUCGAUCUUGGGGAAAACUUCAUUCAAUGUCUACUUUUCUUGAUUUUUUCAACAUUGAAAUCAAGUUGAAACAUCAUGAGUUAAGAUGUUUUUUGUCUGUAAACUGUUCUCUGGGACGCAGCAUCUGGGACAAAUCACGACAACCUGUCAAAAAACUAGCAUCAAAGACAUCAACCGACAGUAGUAACCUGUUAAGAUAAUGUGGAAUAAUGUGACAUCCUUCCACGUGUCGCCAUGUGUUUGCACUGGUGAACCACUCAUAGAAACUCCUGGAGAUG